CAACUAGCUAAAAAGGGUCUGGUCUCUAUGGCUCGACCUCCUCGCUUGUCUGGGAAGGAUAAAGACACGUUUGCUUAUUUUACUAUCCGGGACCGCAUGCCAGUCAUUCUCACGAAGGCUAUUGAUACCGUCCACAAGCACGCUGGGCGAAUGCUGAGAGAUGGAAAGAAGGAUGUCUCAACUGAUUGCAGUUUAAUAGUAGAGAGACUCUCAAAGUUAAAAAACGAAAUGCUGACCAACAAACAGCUUUCUCAUCUUGAAGACGGCGGUGACGAUGAAUACGAUUGGAAUGCGUUAUGUGACCACAUCAAGACUGCCACUGAAACAGAACCGACGUGGUUCGAAACGUCCUGGCUUUUCGCUGAAUGUUACAUGUACAGGAGGAUCCACGAAGCCAUCGUUCUUAGCUCAGUUUGUAAGGAUUUUGAUCCGUUUGAGGAGCAGAAGCAACAGGCGUACUUUGGAUCGCAGACAUCGAUACUCCAACUUGCGGAAUGUUUCGGUUCGUUCACUGACAGGGCAAAACGGAGUGCCAGCGAGAAAGCAUUUAGUACGUUGAGUGCUGACUUUGAGAGAGCUUUGAAGUUGUCACUUUGGGGCAACAAAACCGACCUUUCGAUCUUAGCAAAAUACGACGGAUCAGAAGACCUCAGCAAGCUACAAACAUCGUCGAUCGACAGCCUGAAACAACUCGAUUCCAAACUGCUAGUCGAUGACACACAUGACACGUUCGACCUUCUUCUCAACUCAAUACAAUCCGAUCCACAAAGAGAGCGAGGGCGCAUCGAUAUCGUGUUAGACAACUCCGGCUACGAACUAUUCAAUGAUCUCUGUCUCGCUGAUUGGCUCUUAUGCGCCGGCUUUGCCACAAUUGUUCAUCUCCACAUCAAGUGUUUUCCCUGGUUCGUAUCCGAUGCGACGAGACGAGACUUCGAUUGGCUCCUCGAUCAACUCCACUCAUCCGACAAUCCUCAUCUUCGUCGAUUGGGCGAGAACUGGCAUGCAUAUGUGAGCUCUGGUAGUUGGAACGUGAGAGAGCACAAGUUUUGGACGCUUCCUCACGAAUUUGUCCACAUGAAGACUCUAGCUUGUGAUCUCUACGAGGGCUUAGCCAAGUCGAAUCUUGUCAUCAUGAAGGGCGAUCUCAACUAUCGCAAACUGCUUGCCGAUCGGCAUUGGCCACAUGAUGUGUCGUUUGUCAAGGGAUUGGAUGGAUUUUCUCCUGCUCCGAUUCUGGCAUUGAGGUCGUUGAAAGCCGAGCUGGUUGUUGGACUGAAACCUGGACAGGAUAGAGACGUGGCGAAGCAAGAUGGAGACUGGAUGAUUAGCGGUCAAUAUGCAGUCGUUCAAUUGCAGAAAUCUAAUGAAAAUAUUUAAUUAGUAUUGAUUAAUUAUUUUUAUUAAUUAUUGAUAUUGAUUAUUGAUUACAGUAUACCAACGUUUUGUUGUGCUGUCCGGGUAUUUCUGUGUAAAUUUAAUUGUGUGACU